GUACCCAUAGUAUAUCCUACUCUUGUUAUUCAUCUACGUACGUACCCCGGCUGCAACCAUGAGGCUGAUUGAAUUACUGGUGAUCAUAACUGUAAUUUCUUUGGCCAUCUCCAGAAGAGUGCUUGCAAGGGAUCCUGACAUCAUUACCGAUUACAUACUCCCAGAAAGCCACACCGGCACAACUGUUGAUGCCUCAUUCUUCACAUACACAGGGUUCCGCGGCUUAUUUGAUCAAGUACCGGAAACCUUCACGGCAACAAAAGCAAGCAUGGACGAGUUCCCUGCUCUCAACGGCCAGGGUGUGUCAUACGCCAUGCUUCGUUUCCCUCCAAACUCAAUAUUCCCACCUCACACCCGCCUUGACUCUGCCGGACUUAUGUUAGUCCUUACUGGUUCUCUCGAAGUAGGCCUAAUCGACUCGAAAAAUGUUCUGUAUACUAAAAACCUACAAGCUGGAGAUAUGUUUGUGUUUCCUAAGGGAUUGAUCCACUAUCAGUACAACACUGAUCCUAAUUUGCCAGCCACUGCCAUUGCAUCAUUCGGAAGUGCAAGCGCUAGAUCAGUUGCAGUUCCACCAUCUAUCUUCACCUCUGGAAUUCGUGAAGCGGUCCUGGCAAAAUCAUUUAAGACAGACGUUAGUACUGUUAGAAAGAUCAGGGCUGGCCUAAAAAAUUAAUGACAAAGGGCCCUGAUUUAUUGUUAUCAUACUGCAACUGAUUUCAUUACUUGAAGACAUUUCUAUUUGUUUAUUUGUAUCAUGUUUUUUUACUUCUUCAUUCCGAAAUUUAUUUUAUUUUUAUCUUUGAAAUUGAA